AUGGACGGACAUCCAACACCCAGUCGUCCACCUCCAAGCUACCCGGAUGGACUUCCAUCGUACGUUAGCACACCAACCGAGGAGGACAAUAUGAGUAUCCCAGGAAACAACUCACCUCUGAGACUGCUCCCGCAGCCUCAGGAUGACUACAGAUCGUAUGUGAAAACUCCCAGUGCAUUUACCCACCACAUCCCACCGUGGUCAGGCAAGCGCAAGCCCGUUUCAGCUCUAAAGGUAUCCCGUGUUACUUGGGAUGAUUUCCCUCAGAAAGACUCCCCAAGGAGCGCUCGAAUGGAGAGUCCGGUGUCUUCUUUGAUCGCAGAAGCUGAAGAGAAGCUCAACCGCACGCGCAAGACCCAGGUCUUUAUUGGCCGCAGCCCAACUCUGAAGGCUAGCGUAAGGUUGAAGAAGAGUCCACAGACUGACACAGCCAUCUCUUAUAGAUCCACUACAUCUAGUCGAACCUCUCCCGACCGAUAUCAUAGGCCUGGAGUUUCCACUGCAUACAGCUCGAGGCCUAGUUCAAGUCUCGGGCGAGCCCCCUCAAUCCCGCUCCCUACAGCAAAUCCUCGAUCUCCUAUCCGACCCUCCACUCCAUCAAGAGUAUCCACCGACUGGGGAAGAGCAUCAAGUGUAAAUUAUGAGCCUUCAGACAUUAAUGGUAGCCCUCGUCCAGGGACGCCUUCUUCACAAUAUGGAGGGAGCCCGAGACGUCCACUGCCUCCAGCACCUCUGUUUUCGGUGAAAGGGGCUGCGUCAGAGACCGCAAUACCAAUGCCAGACAUAGACGGAGACCAUGAUGUCUUCUCUAGCGGUCAUUCAAUUAGACCCGACAAUGACCCCCGAGCAAGUCUCAAAUCCGCUCACUCCUACAUGACAGAUUCUACAUUUACGGAAGACAACAAUGACUCUGAAGAGGUCAUGACUGAGAAAAUGGGUGGCUAUGGCCCCGCACCGGAAGGAAAGCAAGACAGAAGAGGCCUAAGAGAGGCCCAAAUGACCAAGAAAGAAGUUCAUCUGAUCAACGGGGAGCUGAUUUUAGAGACCAAAAUCCCAACCAUUUUACACAGCUUUCUACCUCGAAGAGACGAACGGGAGUUUACCCAUCUGCGCUACACAGCGGUAACAUGUGAUCCAGACGACUUUGUUGUUAAUGGAUACAAACUCAGACAAAAUAUCGGAUCUACCAUGCGGGAAACAGAGCUUUUCAUCUGUGUCACCAUGUACAAUGAAGGGGAAAUCGAAUUUACCAGGACCAUGCACGGAAUCAUGCGAAAUAUCUCCCAUUUCUGUUCCAGAACAAAAUCAAGAACCUGGGGCAAGGAUGGCUGGCAGAAGAUCGUGGUGUGUGUUAUCGCCGAUGGACGACAAAAAGUGCAUCCUCGAACCUUGAAUGCUCUGGCCGCACUGGGAGUCUACCAAGACGGAAUUGCUAAGAAUGUCGUCAAUAAGAAAGAGGUCACUGCUCAUGUCUAUGAGUACACGACUCAAGUCUCUCUCGACGAGACACUCAAGUUCAAGGGCGCCGAGAAGGGGAUUGUCCCUUGCCAGAUGAUUUUCUGCUUGAAGGAGCAGAACAAGAAAAAGCUCAACUCUCACCGAUGGUUCUUCAAUGCAUUUGGUCGGGCCCUCGUUCCCAACGUAUGCAUUCUGCUUGAUGUCGGUACAAAACCGGAUUCUAAAGCACUGUACCACCUUUGGAAGGCUUUCGAUCAAGACUCAAAUGUCGCUGGUGCAGCUGGCGAAAUUAAAGCUGACAAAGGGAAAGGCUGGAUGGGUCUCCUCAAUCCUCUUGUUGCAUCUCAGAACUUUGAGUACAAGAUGAGCAAUAUCCUUGACAAACCAUUGGAAUCCGUCUUUGGAUACAUCACUGUGUUGCCGGGUGCCCUGUCAGCAUAUCGUUACUAUGCGCUCCAGAAUGAUCCCAGCGGGCAUGGACCUCUCAGUCAAUACUUCAAGGGAGAAACCCUUCACGGCGCCGAUGCCGAUGUAUUCACUGCGAACAUGUAUCUGGCUGAAGAUCGAAUCCUUUGCUGGGAGCUCGUGGCCAAGCGGGGCGAGCAAUGGGUAUUGAAGUUCGUCAAGAGUGCGUAUGGUGAAACAGAUGUCCCUGAUACCGUGCCCGAGUUCAUAUCUCAGCGUCGUCGAUGGCUCAACGGCGCAUUCUUUGCUGCUGUAUAUUCGCUCGUCCAUUUCAAGCAGAUUUGGUCGACAGAUCACACUUUGACUCGAAAGAUCCUUCUGCACAUCGAAUUCUUGUAUCAGCUCGUCUCAGUGCUUUUCACCUUCUUCUCUCUGGCAAACUUCUAUCUCACCUUCUACUUUAUUGCCGGUUCACUCGCAGAUCCACUUCUCGACCCUUUCGGCCACAACAUCGGAAAAUAUAUCUUUGUGGUCCUACGCUAUGUGACUGUGCUGUCAAUAUGUCUACAAUUUAUUGUCAGCUUGGGGAACAGACCUCAAGGUGCCAAACGCUUGUUUAUGGGCAGCAUGGUAACAUAUUCCAUCAUCAUGGCGUACACCACCUUCGCGUCUCUGUACAUCGUAAUCAAACAACUGACUGCGCAUACGCUGGAGGACACGGAUCCGCAAUCUCCAUACAAGCUCGGGAACAACGUAUUCACUAAUCUCAUCGUGAGCACUGUCAGCACUAUUGGCCUUUACUUCCUGAUGUCUUUCCUCUACUUGGAUCCAUGGCAUAUGUUCACCAGUACAGCGCAGUACUUUGCAUUGUUGCCCUCGUACAUCUGCACUCUGCAAGUUUACGCCUUCUGCAACACCCACGAUGUCACCUGGGGUACUAAAGGUGAUAAUGUACUGCACACAGACCUUGGGAUGGCAAAGGCUACGGGAAGUGGAAAUACGGUCGAGAUGGAAAUGCCUUCGGAGCAGCACGAUAUUGAUUCUAGCUACGACGUUGCACUUCGCAAUCUUCGUGAUCGGCUUGAGGUCCCCAAGCCGGCCCCAAGUGAGAAUCAGCUUCAAGAGGACUACUACAAAUCUGUCCGAACAUACAUGGUAGCGACCUGGCUUGUCUGCAAUGGCAUCCUCGCCAUGGCCGUCUCGGAGGCAUACCCUGUUGGCUCGCACAUCAACAAGAAUACAUACCUUAUCUUUCUCCUCUGGUCUGUUGCUGCACUUGCAGUUUUUCGUGCCAUUGGCUCUUCCACAUUUUUGGUCCUCAAUAUCAUCUCUGCGGUCGUUGAAGGAAGGAUCCAAGCUAAGUUCGAGCGCAUUUUUGGAGGUGGUGAUGAGAACGGACGACAUAAAACAGGUUUGGGAAGUGGAUUCUCGGAAUCUGGAAAGACCGGUGUGACGGGCUCCACUGGCUCUGGCAUGAGUUUGAGUGAUGUUACCAGUAAGAUUAGUGAGAAGUUCAGUUGGAUUGGGAAGAGAUAA